ACAGCUCAAUUGACAACAUAAAGUUCCAGUUUAACCGCCGGCACGGUAAGACGUGUCUGAACAACUUCAGACCAGUGAUUUUUGGAAGUUGCCUUGGAACCUGCCAAGACCUUAUUCAUUCAUACCUCAUUAGAAUGUUGUUGGAGAAAAAUCGUAGGAUUACCUGGAACCAAUAUUGAGAGAGAGAGGGAGAGAGAGAGAGAGAGAGAGAGAGAGAGAGAGAAAGAAUUGACAACAUAACCUAACUCUCGGCCUAGCCGCCGUUACGAUCAGACGUAUUCGGACAAGUUCGGAUCUUGAGAUUUUUGGAACAUGCUUUGAAACAUUGGUUCCUGGCCUUUAUAUCACGAUAUCACUCAAACAACCUAGUUGAUUCUUAUUAACCUUUAUUCUUAUUGACUUGGAGUGGUGUUAGGGAUAUGUCUCUUUGAGAAUCCCUGUAACCAUAUACUGAGAGAAAGAGAGAGAGGGAGAGACAACAUAACCUGAAAAUUCUAUGAGAAGCCUGGAGUCAAAUAUUGAAGAAGAAAAAAAAAACCUAAAAGUUCCGGUUUAGCCGUCGCUAUGCUUUAAACUUUAUCAUCUAAUUAUUGCACAGUGGCGUUAGGGCAUUGCCUUAUUAGACACCUACAACACCUGUAUGAAAGAGAGAGAGAGAGGAGCAGCAUAAUCUCCAUAGUUCUUGGCAUAUUGUCUUCGUUCAUAUUCAUGUAAUUGCGAUCUCAGUAGUAUAUUAAUUGCUCAUCAUACUCGACUGUUCUCUAAUUCAAUGGGCAAGUUAAAGGACGUAAGCACAGAAGAGGAAAUAAACUUGGAUACGAGCGAUGUUCCACCGCAAAAGAAACACAAAAAACAUAAGCAUAAGAAACAUAAGAAGAAGAAGCUUAUGCAUGAUGAUAGCGAUAACUUUGCUGACAUCUCAGCUGAUGCGGAUCGAAAGAAAAGCUUUAGGAUAAAAGUGAAGAAAGAAGACGAGAGAAGUAAUAUAGACAAACGAGAAAAAAUAUUAAAAACAUGCAGUUUGAAUACACCUACCACAAGUACUGCACCUUCUCCAAAAGCAACCACGAAGAAGAAGAUUCCCAAGGGCAAUAAAGGCAAAGAUAGUGGCACUAGCAGUGAAGAAGAAAGAUGGCUGGAUGCUAUUGAGUCUGGUAAACUCGAAGAGAAUGAAGUCAAUUUGUUUCAGGUUGAUGAUGAAUUAAAAAAAAUUAAGCCAAAGGAUCCUAAACUGAUGACAGCUCGGCAAAGAGCGAUGUUUGAGAGAAAAACUGACACAGAGCCGAAUCAAAGUGUCGAGCAGCUGAUGUCGUUACCUACUGGUUACAAGGAGAAAGUCAUGACUGCGGAAGCUAUACAGAAGGCUGCUUUGAAAUCUCUGAAACGAAAACAAUUAGCUGAUGAGAAAAGAGAGAAAGAUAAGAAAAAAACAAUGGAAAGACUACUUAAAAAACAAGAAUCCAAGGCGUCCAAGGUCAUUAGCAAAGGAAGAUUGUCUAAGCGGCAAGUACCACUAGUGACUUAUCGUUUGACAAUCGAGGGGAGUUCUAUAUCUCUGCCACCUGGUGAGGACUUUCCACUUCGCUCUGCUAAGGAGAAAAGUCUCCCAAAGCAAGUUUUUUGUGGUGUCAAUCAUUGUAGAAAGCCAAAAAGAUAUACUUGUGCGAAAACUGGAGUACCAUUAUGCAGUUUACAGUGCUAUAAAGCCAAUCUUAUUCUAGCUACUUAGAUAAUGUACAAAAACGAUAUUAAGGCUGUUGUCUGAUGUAAUUUUAUAAUACGACGAAUGUGUUUGUAUAUAAAUUAUAUUAAAGUAUAGCCGUAUGAUAUUGCAAAAAUAUUAGAAAGACAGCGAUAAUAAAUGUAUAUAUUUAUAUUUGAA